UUUCUGCCGUCUCCUGUCUAAUUCGAUUUUGGAAUUUUCAGAGUCCGUUAAACUUCAUAAGUGGAGUAAAUAAUAACCAAAUUAUAUUAAGUGACGAAAUAUAAGGUUGAUUUGAAAGAACUAAAAAGAGAUUCCAUUAAACAGAAUUUUAAAUGAUCAUUCAAUCACCAUGUAUACUCUCUAGUCGUUAACAUACUUUUCAGACAGUUUUCUUUCAAGAUGUACAUUAAAAGCAUCGUCCUAGACGGUUUCAAAUCAUAUGGCCAAAGAACUGAAGUUUCUGGGUUUGAUGAUCAAUUUACAGCUAUAACUGGCCUUAAUGGAAGUGGAAAAUCGAACAUUUUAGAUGCUAUUUGUUUUGUUUUAGGAAUCACUAAUUUAAGUCAUGUAAGAGCAGCAAACCUUCAAGACCUUAUAUUCAAAAGUGGACAAGCAGGUGUAAAUAAAGCAACUGUUUCUAUAACUUUUGAUAAUACUAAUCCUGCACAACAACCACCAGGUUUUGAAAAUUUCAAAGAAAUUACAGUCACUAGGCAAAUAAUUUUAGGUGGUAAAAAUAAAUAUCUCAUUAAUGGUUCAAAUGUUACCAAUAAACGAGUCCAGGAUCUAUUCUGCUCUAUACAAUUGAAUGUUAAUAAUCCUCACUUCUUGAUUAUGCAAGGAAAAAUAACAAAGGUUUUAAAUAUGAAACCCCCAGAGAUUUUAGCCAUGUUAGAAGAAGCAGCUGGUACUAGAAUGUAUGAAGUGAAGAGGCAAGUUGCUCUUAAAACAAUUGAGAAGAAAGAUGCCAAGCUAACAGAAUUUAAAGAAAUAGUUGCUGAGGAAAUCAUGCCCAAAUUGAAUAAAUUGAAAGAAGAGAGAGCUCAAUUUUUGGAGUUUCAGAGAAUGGAACGAGAACUACAAUAUAUGCUUGGUGUUCACAAGGGUUGGCAAUAUCAUGUUUCUAUCAGAUUAACUAAGAAAGCUGAAGAAGCAUUAGAAGGAGCUAACAAAAAAGUACAGGUCCUAGAACAAGAGAUAGAGACUAAUAAGAAUAAUGUCAAUAAUAUGGAGGAAACUAUUAAGUGCUUAAUGCAAAGUAACCAAUCAGAAGCUUCUGAAAGAUUGAAAGCACUGGAGAAUGAAUUGAAAGAAAAAAUUGCAAUUGAAGCUAAAGCAAAAGCUUCUGCUAAAGGUAUAACUGAUGAAAUUGCAAAUGAAGAUAAAAAAAUAAAAACUUUAGAAAAGAAUCUUAGAGAUGACAGUAAAGCUCUGGUGUCUAAGGAAAAUGAGCUGAGUAAGGUACAAUCUCUUUUUGAAACACUGAAAGAAAAUGAUGCUAAAGACAAAGAGGCCCUAUCACUAGCACAAAAGAAAUAUGAAGCUUUGGCAGCAGGAAUGGAAGUUAAUGAAGAAGGAAAAACACAGUCUUUACAAGAACAACUCAUGGUGGCUAAGCAAGAAGCAGCAGAAGCCAAUACACAACGUAAACAAGCAAGCAUGGAAUUGAGUUUUUGCCAAAAUUCACUGAGAGAGAAACAAAAAACCCUUGGAACAAAUGCUGCUGAUUAUCAGAAGGACAAGGUCAAUCUAGAUAAAAUAGUGAAAGAAUGUGCUACAAUAGAACAAGCUUUGGGACAAAUCAAUUAUUCAGAAGAGAGCAUGCAGCACUGGAGUACCAGAAGGUCCGAAAUGAGAAAGGAAAUUCAUAAAAUAAGGGAGAGAUUGGACAACUUUGAAGCUCACAGACCUUACUCACAGUUCAAGUACAGAGAUCCAGAGACAAAUUUCAACAGAAAUAGGGUGAAUGGCGUAGUGUGUCGCUUGAUACAAGUCAACGAUAAUAAAGCAUGUACAGCUUUAGAAACAGCUGCAGGAGGAAGGUUGUACAAUGUCGUUGUCGAUACAGAUUCAACAAGUAAGCUUUUAUUACAAAGAGGAAACUUACAAACAAGAACAACAUUCAUACCUCUAAAUAAGAUACAAUCUCAUGUAAUGGAUCAAAGAACCGUAAAAUUGGCUCAAGAUAUGUUUGGGAAAGAAAACGUUCAACCAGCUCUGUCUCUCAUAAAUUACGAUAAGAGAUUGAGACCUGCUAUGGAGUUCAUCUUCGGAAAUGUGUUUAUAUGCAGGGACAUGGAUAUAGCAAGACAAGUUACGUUUCACGAUCAAAUCAGAAAGAAGUGUGUUACAUUAGAUGGUGAUGUAACGGAUCCUUCAGGUACACUGAGUGGUGGAGCAAGACAAAGAGGGGGAUCCAUCCUUCUUGAAUUGAAGGAAAUAAAGAAUUUAGAGAAUCAACUAAUCCAAUUAGAGCAAGAACUCCAGCAAGUGGAAUAUGAAAUGAAGCAGAUGCAGAAUUAUCAAACCCAGUAUAAUCAGCUCAAGCAGAAGCUGGAAUUUAAGCAGCAUGAGUUGAGACUCAUCGAACAGAGAUUGCAGCAAACAGAGCACCACAGGCAACAAGAAGAAGUGAAUAAUCUUAAGAAACAAAUGGAGGAUCUGGUUGAAAGGGACCAAAAGUGUAAGGAAACUGAACAGAGAUGUAACCAGAAAGCAAAAGAAUUGGAGCUGAAAAUGAAGGACAUCAAAGGCUACAGGGAUAAGCAACUAAAAGAAGCUGAAAUUGAAAUGCAAAAAGCAAAACAAAAAGCUGAUAGGAGCCAAAAGGAAUGGGAAAAACAUGAGGACCAAUAUCAAACACUUACUUUGGAAAUUUCCGAAUUGAAGAAGGCAAUAGAAAACACCAAUACUCAACUUCAAUCUACCAUUGAAACUAUUGAGAAAUUAAAAGCAGCAGCAGAAGAUUCAAAUGGCAAUUUCGAAACAAUAAAAAAUAUGGUGCAAGAAUUGAAUGAGCAUGUGAUGAAAGAAAAAGCCGCAAUUGCCGCUCAAAAUAAAGAAAUCGAAAAGAAAGUUGCUCAAAAGGAAAAAAUACUUGAACGUAACAAUGAGCUACUUUUGGAAAUAAGGAAAAUCAACCACGAGACGAAAAAACUUGAGGAUGACCUUCGAAAUUGUCAAGGAAGGGAAGCAGAUUUGUCCAAGAAAUUAUCACAGGAAAAACAGUACUUGGAAGAGGGAGCUAAAAUGAGUGAUAAGGAAGGCCAGCAUUUAGAGAGACGAAUAAGAGAAAUGCAAGAAACCAAAAAUAAACUUGGCAGAAGGGUUAACACCAAGGCACAAACUAUGUUUGAACAAGAAGAAAAACAGUUUAAUGAGAUGAGAAAGAAGCAACAAAUUGUAGAAAACGAUAAGAAAAAAUUAUUGGCAGUGAUGGAAGAAUUAGACCAAAAGAAGAAACAGUCGAUCAAAUUGGCAUUUGAUCAAGUUUCCAAGGAUUUUGGAUCAAUAUUCAAUACGUUGCUUCCAGGCGCUAAUGCAAAACUUGCUGCUCCAUUUGGUUUGACUAUAUUAGAAGGAGUUGAGGUGAAAGUGUCCCUAGGCGGAGUUUGGAAAGAGAGCUUAACAGAACUCAGUGGCGGGCAGAGAUCUCUUGCAGCUCUUUCUUUGAUAUUGGCGAUGUUGCUUUUCAAACCAGCCCCCUUGUAUAUAUUAGAUGAAGUUGAUGCUGCCUUAGAUUUGUCGCACACCCAAAAUAUAGGAAACAUGUUGAAGGCUCAUUUCAAAAAGUCGCAGUUCAUCAUAGUGUCACUUAAGGAUGGUAUGUUUAAUAAUGCCAACGUUUUGUUCAGGACAAAAUUUGUUGAUGGAGUAUCGACUGUUCAGAGGACAACAAAUAAAUCUUAAAUUCAGUGUUCAUAUCACCAUUAUAUAGUCCUUGCUAUUAAUAUAAAAACUUUUCUUUGUGUCAUAUUUAUCAGAAGAUUCCUUAAGUUUUCUUUCAAGUGAAUUAUGAUCAAAAUAUGUCAGUAA